AUGUCUUCGUCGCAACUCAAGAUCGACCUUAAACGGUAUUCUACUUAUCUAGAUGUUGUACCAGCCCCUCAGGGUUUCCAGACCAUAAGAGGUCCUACUGUUAUAAACAAGUGGAAACACUAUCAAGCGGGAAGUGCGAUGGUCUUCCUAGUUGAUGGCGAGAAGCCACCUAAAACUAUGUUCCUCGAGCUUGUGCUACACGGCACGGUAAUGGAGCAGCUGAGUUUUAGUCUGGAGCAUAAAUUGGAUAGAAAUUUGGUGCAGUUCUCUGCCCGCUACCCAGCGGUUAUGUGCAAGUAUCUGAUUACUGUCAAUGGGGUUGUCUUUAUGAGAAGAUUUCAAAUAGGGCUUGACAAUACCCUCGACUUUGGGAAAUGCUGCCGCAUACUUCAAUCGGUAGGGUUUGUUAUCAAGGCUGCCGGAGUACUUCAACAGAGCCAACUACCACAAAACACAAGCACUAGUAUUUUGAGCUCCCAAUAUACACAGGAGAAGCCAUAUUCGACCCCUCCGAACUCCCAACUUUUGGAAACAAGAAUACUCAACCCGCCUACAUUCGAAACACCAGCGGAUGGCAACAGAAGCUAUAAUCAUAUGACAAAUCAAGAUCGGUGGGCUAAACAGUCUCAAACCUCUGCAAGUUUAGACACGCAAUGCUUUUCACAAGAAGUAAGCGACUCGCUAGACUUGAGUUUAGUCCAGGAUGUUUACCAACACGUACCUGCAGCUCAGGAGCCUCGCCCUAGUGCCUUCAAUUUGUACGCUCAAAACCGAGAGAGCAAAGGCACACACACAAGUGAUUUGCGCUAUGGUCCUCACGCCAAGGCAUCGAUUAUUCAAAGUGGCCCACAGCUCCAAAACCCAAUGCCUCUUCCAAUUUGGAGCCAGAAUUAUAGUCAGCAAAAGACUAGCGCCUGUACUCCAGUUCAGAGUUCACAAGCCAACUAUCAUUCCAUUAAUACACCGAGUAGCACUGUCUUCAGAGGGAUUCAAGGAGAUCCCAACAACCCGCCACAGCAUGGUAUGGAACCUAACACAAUUAUCAAAGAAAAACCUCGAGCACUUUCGGGCGUCGCUUCUUUACAGGCAUCGACGGACGCGCUUCAUGAAACGCAAUUAAAUAUCCAGAGCACACAAAAAUCCUUCGUUGGUUAUCAGCCAGUUUUGAGUCAUCCGCUAGAGGGGCUUGCGCCCAUGAUCCGCCCUUGCGUCCCGCAAGUUGAAACCCACUUUAAAGACUCCAAAUUGAACAGAAGCAGGCCUAUUCUUACCCAAGACCUCAUCAAAGAAAAGCUCAAGGAUCAGAGUUUCAGAGACUGGGUAUGUAUUUUUCCAUCAAACUAUAUGUCGCAAACAAGUUACUAA